AUGGGGUUGCGCAGGUGGGAACGGCCUAGAGCACCCCCAAGUGGCAGGGACUCUGCCGCAGAUGAGGAAGUGUGGCUUGCCCGAGGCCACGCAGCAGCGAGCUCUGGGGACCCCAGCACUGUGUUCCCUGCUGCUCCCCUGCCCCGGCCUGCCUGCCUGGCCCCCCAGGUGACUGUGUUCCACGUGGGCCCCCACCUGCCCCACCGGCCCCCCUUCCCCAAGACCCAACAAACCUCCAGCUCCCUGCAUCCCGCGGUCCCCGCCCCGGCCGUCGGUAGGCGCCGCCGGUGGAGCCAGGCGGUCACCAAGUCCCCUCUGAUUGGAUGGCCGCGAAGUCCCAGCAGCCGCCUCCGCACCUUAAAACGGGAGCGGAGCGCGUGGGAGCUCCAGCCCGCCCCGCCCGGCCCUGCACGCGGCGGCGAGGGGUGGGGGAGGAGGAGGGCAGGAGGGAGCGAGGAGGAAGGACGAGGAGGACGGAGAGAGGAGGCGCCCAGGAGGCGGGGCCCGGGCGGCCGGAGAGGCUCCGGGACCGACCCACCGACCGCCGCCGACAGCCGGACCGACGCGCGAGCCCGGAGCUGCACCGGCCGCGCGGCCAUGGCCGAGCUCAAGUCGCUGUCGGGGGACGCGUACCUGGCGCUGAGCCACGGCUACGCGGCGGCCACGGCCGGCCUGGCCUACGGGGCGGCGCGGGGGCCCGAGGCGGCCCGCGGCUACGGCGCGCCGGGCCCGGGCGGCGACCUCCCCGCGGCGCCCGCGCCCCACGCCCCGGCGGCGGCCGAGAGCAGCGGCGAGCAGAGCGACGACGACGACGCCUUCGAGCAGCGGCGGCGGCGGCGGCGGCGGGGGCCCGGGGGCGCGGGGGACGGGCGGCGGCGGCCUCGGGAGCAGCGCUCGCUGCGGCUGAGCAUCAACGCGCGCGAGCGGCGGCGGAUGCACGACCUGAACGACGCGCUGGACGGGCUGCGCGCCGUCAUCCCCUACGCGCACAGCCCGUCGGUGCGCAAGCUCUCCAAGAUCGCCACGCUGCUGCUCGCCAAGAACUACAUCCUCAUGCAGGCGCAGGCCCUGGACGAGAUGCGGCGCCUCGUGGCCUACCUCAACCAGGGCCAGGGCCUGGCGGGCCCCGUGGCCGCUGCGCCCCUGACGCCCUUCGGCCAGGCCGCUGUGUACCCCUUCUCUGCGGGCGCCCCGCUGCCCUGCCCGGACAAGUGCACCACCUUCUCCGGGACGCCCUCGGCGCUUUGCAAACACUGUAACGAGAAGCCGUGAGGGCCCCGAGCCGCCC